AUGGAUGACCAUAGAGUCGACCGCUUGGCCGCCUUCCUUCCCCUGGGACUCGGCCUGACCCGGCUUCGCUCGACCUCAGCGAUCCGAGCUGGAUCAGCUGUCCUGAGAAAUGUUGGCAGGGUUGGUACCGCCGUCUCUGCUUAUCAAUACGCCAAGCCUGUCUGGAGCCGAUUAACGGACCGCUCGAGCAAGAAUUAUGAAGGGCACGUACCGCUGAACUGGUUUGAGAAUGCCUUUUUGGCGGCGGGAAGUGGGGUCAUCGGUGUGGCAGACACGUCGCGGGGAGACCUCGUGGCUUUGCUAUCCGAGACCUCAUCUCAAUCUUUUAUGCCUCGAUUGCAUGCCUCUAUGCGAUCGGAACCUGAAGGCAGGCAGAUCUUGAAAGAUCGGCCUCUAAUUUCGAGCAACACUGUCGACUUGGACUACCUACGGACGUUACGACGAGGUACCUUGGGUCGAGAAUGGGUGGAAUGGCUUAUCGAAGGGGGCGUCACGCCGGAUACUCGUCACGAAGUCGUGCAUAUCGAUUCUCCGGUCCUCGCGUACACGAUGACGCGUUAUCGACAGACACACGACCUGUACCAUACCUUGUUCUCUUUGCCGCCCACGCUGGCUUAUGAGCUCUCCCUCAAGGUUCUGGAGCUUUCCAACAUGUCGCUCCCCGUCGCAGGCUUGUCCUCGGCGUUUGGACCAUUUAGAUUGUCGUCUGCCAGGAGGAGCAUGUGGCGGGAAGACUGGAUGCCGUGGGCGUUAAGACAAGGGUCACAAUCGAGGCCGCUAGUGGGAGUCUAUUGGGAGAAACGAUGGGAGCAAGGGUUGGGCGAUCUACGACAAGAGCUCGGCGUCAAGCGGAUGGACGACGCUGCCGUUAUCGGGCGAUGGAAGUCGUACAGACUCGUUCGGGAGAAGGAGAAGGCUUUGAGAGUCCAGGGGGAAUGGGUGGAUGAACCGGAAGAUUGGUGA